AUGACGAUAUGUCGCGCAGUGAAGACUGCUUUCGCAGGUGGAAAGUGGACGUACAAACGAACAACAAAAUCUGCUGAGCAGAGAUUCACAUUGAGAAAUUUGCGGUAUACCCAGGCAUACUUGGACACCAUGCAUAAUAUCGAUCCAUGGCGACUGAAAUUUAUGGACGAAAGCGGUUUUAGGGUUACCACUACUGCGAAUCCUAAUUAUGGACAUGCUUUGGUGGGCCAGCGAUGUGUACAAUUUGCUCGGUACGACCCCAAUCCUAAUAUUACAUUGAACUUGCUAAUAGGAUUGCAGGGGGUGGCUCACAUUGAAGUCCUUGAUGGAGCUUCAAAUUCGAUGCACUUCGCAGACUUCAUUUGGCAGUGUGUAGAGACAGUUGACGAGUACGGUGUACCCGCCCUUCAACCAGGUGACUUCCUAGUGCUCGACAACGCACCAAUCCAUCACAGUGAGAUCGCACAAACGCUCAAUAUGUGGCUUAAUACACAGGGAAUAGAAGUCAUUUUCACACCAACUUAUUCGCCUGAAUUUAAUCAAGCUGAAUUUUGCUUCGGCAAAGUGAAAAAAACACUGGAGCGACCCCCACUAUCUAUACUUGCAUACCACAACUUGGGCGUUGCGAUUUAUUCCGCUGUGGAAGAUGUGUCCGGUGCAGAUGUACGCGGAUUUUUUGAAGCAACCGGAUAUUUGUUUGUUCAGUGA